AUGGGAUUUAUGGCCACUUCGACCGCUUUUGGCCCGAGUCUGAGCGAUCAGUGCAUGUUGAAGCCUCCAGAGCCAGUGGCCGAGGAGCACGAGCCAACGCCCUGCAACUUCAGCCGCAUGACCUUUCGGAAGCCGCCCAUGCCAGAUCUUCCGGAGGAGGAGCCUCUCCUGGAUGAGAUGAGCGACAUGAGGCUGAAGCCGGCAGACCACCCAUUGAUUGAGGACGAGGACGAUUUUGAAGCUUUGAUCACGUUUCCCGACGGCGAAUUUGCGCGGGCGACAAGCACAAGCAAAGAUUCAACUGCUUCAACAGUGGACACUGUCGGCUCCUCUAUGGAUAGCGCCUCAUGGCAUCGUGAUCUUCCCCCAGGAACCAUCAUCCCGCCGGAUCGUCGGCUCCAUGAGCGCCAUCUCCGAAAGAUGAAUCGAUUCCUGCAGGAUGUUGAAUUGGCGCCGCGCACCUUCACCGGCAUCGUCAAAAGCAAACGUAAAGGUAGUCAGUGA